CGCGAGGGGAGAGGAGCGAGCGAGAGAGCGUCGGGGAGCGUUCACGGAACCAGCGAAGAUGGACGGAGUGGGAUCGUUCGGAGCGGGCCGCGCCGGGUCCACUGUCGACCCAAUCAGCUUCGCCAAACAGCCACAGACCAUCCUCAGAGCCUUGUCGUGGUUGUCUCAUCUUGCUGUUCCUGUGCCCGUUGCACAGAUCUUCUCGCUGGUGGUCUUCGCCUCCAUCGUGAACGAGGGCUACGUGAACAUAGGCAGCGAACGUCUCUACUGCAUCUUCAACAAAAAUGCGGACGCAUGCAACUACGGUGUGUUCGUGGGCCUGGUGGGCCUGCUGGCCUGCUCCUUCUUCCUGCUACUCGACUACAAAUUCUCUUCUAUCAGCUCCGUCAAAGACCGCAAGAAGGCGGUCAUGCUUGAGAUCGGCUUCUCAGGUUUAUGGGCCUUCUUGUACUUUGUAAGUUUCUGCUUCCUGGCCAACCAGUGGUCUCGAACAACGACCGAUGAGCUGCCCCUCAACCAGGGCGCGGAUGCAGCUCGGGCUGCGAUCGCCUUCUCUUUCUUCUCCAUCAUCACUUGGGCUGGCCUUACAGUGCGUGCGGUGCAGAAGUACCUGUUGGGCACUGACAUGACCCUGUUCACCUCAGAGCACCUGGACAGCGCAGUCCCCACCCAGCCGUGCCCAUCCAACUCACCAGGAGGAGGGGGCACCACAGAGCCUACAGAGACCUACCAAAACCCUCCGUUUACAGAGAACAAUGCGGCGCCCACAUACCAGGUUCCCAUUUACUAGAGAAGCUAGAUAGGAAACGUUGAUGUGACGGGAAAUCAAAUACAGUUGCUAUCUGUCAUGGUGCACUUGCAAUCAACGUGGGCAGAAUUUUCAAUGAGAUUACAAGAAUAAUCUACUCUUUUGUUUCCUCCUCUUGUUGUUUUCGUGAGCAUUCCAGCUUCACUUUUCUAGACUCACUUUCACGCAGAUUAGGAUAAGAAUAAAGAAAAUCAAAAACAGAAAACAAGAGGAGGUACCAUAGAAGACGAGGCCGUUUGGCAUUAUUCACACACAAAAUAGGAUAUCAUCACAUAAGCAGUAUGACAAAAAGCACCUUCACUUGAAAUCUAAACUAUUCCCUCUCAUGCCAAACUGUUCUGGGGAAUGUUUUUAUUUAUUCCAUUUCUAUUUGUUUUCUUUUCCUCGCACUGCAGUUAAACAGUGUGUAUCGAAUCUGCAUGUUUCCAAAUGUAGAGAUAGCAACUCAAGUGCCAUACUGUACUGACAGUGACUUAACUGAGUAGAUUUACACAUGCUGAACAUCAUCAUCACGACGACAAUGUUUUUGUGACUAAGUGCAAUAUCUCACAUUCUCAUGCAGAUUGCUGUGUACUAUGCUGUACUGUGGAGUAAGUCGACUACGAUGCGGCGACUAUACAAAGUGAACCUACGUUCAGAUAUUUUGGGAAAAAGAUAAUGUGACCUAUAAUCAGUACAAAUGAAUAAAGUUAUUCAUGUUUGUUUCACGCAAGUGUUAUCUUGAGGGUGUGAAAAUUGGUUUUGAAUUCGCUUAUUGUACAUUAUAUACAGUGGAUAUAAAAAGUCUACACACCCCUGUUCAAAUCCCAGGUUUUUGUGAUCUAUAAAAAAUUAGACCAAGAUAUUGUAAAUCAUUCCCAAACUUUUCCCACCAUUAAUGUGACCUAUAAUGUGCACGUCGAAAUCAAAUGUGGGAAAAUGUUUUAUGGUCUGAAAAAAAACAAGGUUUAAAUUUUUGCUCGUAAUUCCAAAAGGUAUAUUUGCCGCAAAAUCACGACGCUGCUCAUCACCAAAACAGUGCCAGUGAAGCAUAGUGGUGGCAGCAUCAUGGCAGUAUGGAACUGGGGCCGGGCCAUAGACAAGGUAGUCAGUGUUAGCACAAAACCUUUAGGAUUCCGAUGGAAAGCAAAGAAUGACUGAAAAACCCUACUAGAACAUCUGAACUUCAUUUGGGAUUAAUCAGAGGGACUUUGUAUGGUGGCAGGUAUGUGCCGCAUCCCAUUUAACAUGAGUUUGACUGUGAUAGGUUAAUUCUGAACACAGCCACAUCCCAGUUAUAAGGGGGUGUGCACACUUGUCCAGCCACAUUAUUUCAGUUGAUUAUAUUUACUUCCCCUCUUUAACAGAUUUAAUUUUUUAAUGAGUUGUACAGGUUUUAGGUAAAAUUAAUGGUGUAAAAGGCUUUCAAAUGAUUUAUUUUGCUGUCAUUUUUUUAACAGAAGUGUGUAUACUUUUUAUAUCCACUGUAUAUAGUGUAAAAUAAAAUAAGACAAAGUAGAAUCAUCAUAUCAUGGAAAACUAUUUCAGUAGUUCAAUUCAAAAAAGGAAUUUCGUGUUAUAUGAAUUAAAUACUUUCUGAUUUUAAUUUUAUAAUGUUGAUGAUUAUUGCUUAUAGAUAAAAACUCAUCAUUCAAACAAUCACAAUUAUUUUUAAUAUGGAAAUUAGGUAGGAAUUAACUUUAUGAAAAAUAUUAUAGCUACGUGUUUAAUAAAUCUAGAAUAUGAGAUUCACUUUUGGAAUUUUCUUCUGUGAUAUUCAAAUUUAUUGAGAUGUACCUGUAUAUAGCCACCAUAACAAAAUGGUAUCUUUACAAUUGUAAAGGACUGGUUAUAUGUCACAUUAUCUUUUGCGUAAAGUUAAUUUUUAUUUUAACGGGUGUUUUCACUUUCUGCAUAUCCACUGUUGAUCAAUCACAAGCUCUGUCUCAAAUGACACACACACACACACACACACACUAUUCAGCUUUGAAUUGUACUAAUAAACCUCAGGCAAAUUUGACUUGUAGAACUUGCAUUCUAUUCAUGCUUUAAAUCAAUAUUUAUUAUUGUCAUAGAUGUAAUGGUGAAAUACAACAUAUUUCUCCCUGAUUGAAAUGGACUCCACCCAAAUGUACGUGUAUGAUUUUCUGUACCAGGGAAUGUACGUCGUGUGUCAUUUGAGACAGCGUCCUAUGUUGAAUGAAAGAAUCUUUUGUACGUCAGGUGUGUUUUUGUUUACUUUUUAGAAGCUGCCAAACUGCCCUAUGUUCUUAUGAAUAUUUUCUUGAUUUUGAACGCAUCACUGUUGUCUGUUUACGGGGGAUCCCGACUUAGGUCAGGGAGAGGAUGUAGUGGUCACAUGCCAAAUCUCUGUUGGUGUUCUGUUGCCAUGGCGAAAGGGGCAUAGGGGUGGCUAAACCAUGAUUGACCCUGGCGCAGCCAGAAAAUCUUCUACCCCUGGUGACUGCCAUGUCUGUAUGCUUGUAUGUGAAUGAGUUCAAAAUGUUGCUGUGUUACACUUCUUUUUAAUAAUAAUAAUAAUAAUAACAUUACUACAAUAAUCACCAUGUUCCCCAAAAUAGAACUGUUCUGCCAAAUUUAUGUUUUUCCCCUACUAGCGUGCAAGCCUUGCCUGUGCUGAAUUUGCUCCUGUGAAACAGCGCCCUCUGCUGAACAGAUCUGGUACUGAUGCAAUGGGACAACUAGGGCUCUCUUUUAAAAGUAACCAUACUAGGAAAAUGCAUGAUAUUAUUGUAUAAAACUAACAAUGUAAAGUGACAACAACAUCCAUUAAGUUACUCAUUUUGCUAAUAAUCACAGGUUAUUAGGUUAUUAGGUUAUGCGUAUCAAUCUGCUCCAAUCCCAAAAAGCGAUGUUAUCACAACUGCAUGACGCUGCUGUGUGAGCUUCAGGGGGAAACUGUCCCACAGUGUUUUAUUUCCUGUAAGGCUCUGCGAUGAAAAUGGGACAUAGAGUCUUUUAGUGGCACAGCCUGCUGACUCUUUAUUCAAUUUCAACGUCACUGAUGUGACAAUCACAUCAAUUGUGUCCCAACGAAAGCAAACAACUAAAAAUGACCAGUGAGGUCAACGGCUCACAAAGAUGCACGAGAUGGCAUUUAUAAUCAUGUAAGCUUUUGAGACAAAUGAGAAAUCAGUGGCCUUCAUUCAGUAAAUUGCAUUGUUUUCUAUUUCCAGGAAGGAUUCAGGUCAGAUUUUUACACGAUUCACCAAGUUGUAAGUGGGAAGUUCGUUUUUGGUCAAAGUAUCCGCUAGCAUUAUUUCCUGGCAUUGAUACAAAUGGAUAAAAGAUGCAAAACCCAACGCUUCUGGUAUAUUUUAGGUCAAUGUCCAAUUAUAUUUUAUAGUGGAUGUGGGAACAUACUGGUGGUUGUUCAUGUUGAAAGUGUGUAUAGCGAAUAUAACUGCCAACUAAAUGCUGAUGCAUGUUUUUACUGUAUUGCCUCAUAUAAUGGCCAUCCCUCUAAUUCAAUGUUUCCCAACAUUUAUUGAGCCAAGGCAACCAUUUUACAUUAGAAAACUGACAGCACACCACCCCCCAAAAAAAUGUCACAAAAAGUACGAAAGAGAUUUUUGUUUUCAAAUACAUUAUACAUGUCUGAAGAUAAUUGCUGAAAACGUGCAGACUGAGAACUAUAAAUAUAUAUACUAUUAAAAAAAAGUUGAGAUAUAAUGUUAAAUUGUGCAACUGCAAUGGGCAGUUAGCUCGCGACCUAUGCCUAUACCCCUAAAAUAUAUUUUCCCUUCAGAUAGGCUGCCAGCGUGGCUGCUUUAGAACGCCUCGUUGUCGGCCAUGAGUGCACGCACGUCACGGAGAGAAGGUGGAGGAGCGAGGGGGCCGGGGGAAAGUCAGACGUCACAGCCAGCGAGUGUACGAGGGCUUCACGCUGGUGUGGCAACUUUAAAGCGCCUCGUUGUCACAGCGUGGAUAAGGUUAUAUUCCCCCCAGAGGCUUUGAGCGGAUACACAGUAUUUUUGUGGCUCAAACAUAUAGUUAUGUGUAAGCAUACGACAGAUGCCAAACGAAGAAGCAUUAAUUUUUCCAGGUCCUAAUGGUACUGUUUGAUUGACAGUUGAGUGAGGCAUGAUUUCAGCGGACACACCCACAGCAUUUGAGAGCAGAGAGAAUGGCUUGGUUUUUCACGAUUUUGAAACCUCUAUUUAAAUACUUGAUUUUUUUUUUUAUAAUUGAAACUGGGCAGUGUUGUGAACAACUCUUCUCUGUAAUGUGUCAAAUUUAGAAAACACUUAUUUUCACUUUACAAGGACUUACAAUCUUUUAAAAGAACAUCUAUGUCCAAAUAAAGGCUUCUGCCUGAAUAGAUGCUUUCCUCGUCUGCAGUUGAGUAAAUAAAUCCCCCCGCCCACUAUUUGCAUAAAUAUGGUAAAUUGAUUUCCUAACUUUCAAACAGCUAGUGUUAUCAGUUUUGCUGUUAAAAUAUCAACAAAAAUAUCAGGAAAUCGAUUUAAUAGCCAAUGUAGAAGCAGUAGAGUAAUGCAAAGUGUGGGUGGGGGUUACUGAUGCUCGGGUCAGGUCGUAUUGUUAUUCUCUUUUUCAGUCAGUGUGGUAGAUUUAAAAAAAUAUACUAAGUCCAACAUUCUCUGUGUUUUGUGCUCUGGCCCAUGUACACUGCUCUAGUGCUGGUUGAUUGUACAAUUCAGUAUGUUAAUUUAAGUAAAUAGAACAUGUAUGUAAUGAUGUCCAGGUUCUGGUUUGUCCUGUACUCCUUUUGAGAAAAAAUACUGUAUAUAUAUAUAUAUAUAUAUAUAUAUAUAUAUAUGAAAAAUUAUUCUGAACUAGAAUGCACUCUUAUUCAGAAAUACUUUCAGCACUCUUAAAUGGGCCAUGGACACAAAAAUUAAAGUCUGUGAUCAUACUGUCGUUUUGUCGGACUGAGAUAUAAUAAAAGUGAUAUGUCGUGAUGCUGGUGCUGUUAAUUGUGAGGGUUCCAGUAUAAUUCUUUGCAUGGAUGUUACGAUUUUUCCGUCAAAUUGAGGAUAAAAAUCAAAAGCCCAUAAACAAGUGAGUUUUCAUUUUAGCGUGCUGCCCUUUUAUGAUGAUAUGUCAUUUUGUUGUUGUUGUUGUUUUGACAGUGUUAGACUUCUGUGUAAAAAAGAAACACUGUGUACAGCCAAGUGUCACCUGUCUAUUUCGUGAAUGUCUCUGGACUGCAGUCUGUGCAUCACUCCCAAUAAUAAUAAUAAUUAAAAAAAGACAAGUAAAGACAUGUUUUGGGAUUGUUUCUUUUCCCAAGUUACAUUAGGUUGAUGCAUAAA